CACGACCGCUCCUAAUUUCCCUACUUCUUCCAUGACGCCCUUAGCACCCCUCCAUCUACUCCUUACAUUUGCCACCUUGUCUCUCGGCUCCAUGAUUGGCAGCCAGAGCAUUACACCGCACGACUACCAGAGCCUGGGCAAUGCAUUGGCCAUCUCUGCGCCCUCGUGUGGAUAUCCGUAUGCCACACUGGACAUUAGUCGAAUCACAGCAGUGCAGAAAAUGAACACCGGCUAUGAGUGCGGCACAUGCCUGCGUGUUGAGACAGACCUAUCCAACUACAUCGAGUACGGUGAGACUGUUGGGCUGCCAGGUGUCGCAAUGGCCACACACUUUGAGGCAACCACAACCAAAUUUGAAGUUCUGCCAACCACAUCCGUGUCACCGGUGCGCAGACGCCAGCAGAUAGCAAAGCGCGCCGACACAGUCCGGUAUGUCUACGUCCUGGCUGUCGAUACUGGUGGCCUGGGACUGGACAUGGCACAGGUUAGCUUUACUGCACUGUUCGGCCAGAGCAUGUCGCCAAUGCCUGCCGUGUGGUUCCCGGUUGACGGCAAGUAUUGCUCAGAUAUCUGGCGCAACUCAACAAAGAAGCAAAUGCAAGUCCCAACUUCGAUGCGCAAGAUUCCUGUACGCUCUGGCCCUUCGCAGGCUCCCGCUGAUAUCCCCCAUACGGGAACCAAUUCCGGUAGCACGGUAGAUGCACCAGUCAACACUGCCAGCUCAUUAGCUGGUGGUAUGGCGCCUACGGCUUACCUAAUGCCCUCAAUAAUGAUAGUGAUAUGCUGCGUUAUUCCUUUGCUUUAAUGAAU